AUGAUGUUAAAAUCUGUUGGUGUUAUUGGUAGCGGGCAGAUGGGGCGUGGGAUCGCCCAAGUUGCGGCAACUUCUGGAUAUUUUGUGAUCUUAAGCGAUGUUUCUGAAGAGGCGCUUGAUCUGGCUCAAAAAGAAAUCCAAAAAAGUUUGUCUAAACUUCAUGAAAAGGGAAAAAUUUCUGAGUCACCAGACCAAAUUUUUUCCCGUUUAAAAAUGGAAACGACAGUUGAAAGCCUUGGGGUGUGUGAUCUUGUGAUAGAAGCAGUGCCUGAAGAAGAUGAAUCCUUAAAAGGACAAGUUUAUGAAAAGCUGGCGCCUUAUUUGAAAGAGAAUGCUAUUUUGGCAUCCAAUACAUCUUAUAUUGGAAUUUCUGGAUUAGGAGAAUCUUCGGGGCAUCCUCAUCGUUUCUUAGGGGUUCAUUUCAUGAAUCCGGUUCCUUUAAUGCCGUUAGUUGAAAUCAUUGUUGGGGAUAAGACGGAACAGGACGUGUGUGAUGUGGCUUAUCGUUUUGUUGAGUCCCUGGGAAAGACUUCUGUGACGUCACGGGACCGGCCAGGAUUUAUUAUCAAUCGUAUUUUAAUGCCAAUGAUCAAUGAAGCGAUUUUUGUGUUCUCAGAAGGUGUUGCAACAGUUGAAGAUAUUGAUAAAGGGAUGGAAUUGGGGACACAUCAUCCGAUGGGGCCGCUUAAACUCGCAGAUUUUAUAGGUCUCGACACCUGCUUUUCCAUUAUGGGCGUUUUAUAUGCAGGGUUUCAGGAUGAAAAAUACCGCCCUUGUGACUUGUUAAAAAACUUAGUGAGGAAUGGAACUCUUGGGUAUAAAACAGGGAUAGGGUUUUAUAAUUAUGCUUCUGGCACCCCAGUGCCCUUAACAUUAAAGGAUCUUCUAUGA